GAUGUUUUGAUAGUCAGUGGCGCCAAUCAAAUCAAAGCCUCGGAUAUGCUACUUCCACUUGCACUUCCCAUACGGCAUAUCAUCUUUUUUGGAGACCAUCUUCAUGUACAGGCAUUUGUCCAUAGCAAGAUAUGUACAGAAGCUGGAUUUGGCAGAAGCAUUUAUGAAAGACUGCAACUGUUGGUUCCAGAAAAGCAAUCACUAACACAUCAAUAUGUGCUGCAUCCGUUGAUGUUAAAGAUCAUGAAUAUUUAUUUUUAUAACGGAAGACUUAAAUGUGGUGCAAAUGACAUAUUGUUGGAGUCCAAUAAGGAGUUUAAAUCCAAGUUACCUUUCAUUAUUGCGAAUGUUCUUUCUAUGGAAAUCUCACACAGAAGAAAAGGCUAUAUCACUUCUGCUGCAUUGUCCAUCCUCCUGCAGCAGCUAAGUAAAGAUCUGAUAAAUUUGGACAGAAAAUUCAGUGUUUGUGUGGUAUGUUUGUCAAGUAAAGAAACCAACACGGUUGGGGAUCAGCUGAGAAGUAUGUAUGAGAUGAAUGAUAGAUUUGAUCUGCAAGUGAAGUUAAUUAGUAACUUGGAAGGAAAUUUAUUCGAUGUGAUAAUGAUAUCAACAAUUAUUGAAGAUGAUGCUGAGCUUAAUCAUGUUAGUAAAAACAGUUUGAAUGUAACUUUAACAAGUGCAAGGCAUUGCUGUUUUGUGGUUGGUCGAUCCAAAACUUUGGUUAAGAGUGGGGGCAUCUGGAAAGACUUGGUUAAGUAUGCGAGGGAUCUAGGAGUCAUGAGGUUGGUUAAUACAAACGAACUUACUGAGGUUAUCGAAAAGUUUGAAAAGGAUGAUUCAGAUCAUAUUAGUGAUCCUAACUGCGCAUUUUCAAGAAAAAUGUCGCAAGAAUUUACUUGGGUUGAAAGACCAUAUAGGACUAAAUAUAUUUUGGCUCAUGUUCGGAAUCAGAAAGGCCAGCCUGAUACCUGCACUUUUCAGUCAAGCUGUGGAGUCGUUGAUGAAAUUACAUAACGCCAAUAUGUCACCUCCUCAAGAGUGCAAAUGGAACCUAUCAGUGGAUGAUUUGAAGAACAAGUAUGAAACAAGUAUACGCAAGAAGUUGAUGUCAGAGGAAAAAACUGACAGGGGCAAAAGGCGGCUUAAAGUUACAUUGGAAAGCUUCAAAAGACAUGGUGUUUUAGGCAGGAACAAAACUCAGACCAAGGUGAAAUUUGCUUUUACUUCUAUUGAUAGCAAUGAUACACUGAAAAUAUUCACCUAUUACUGAGAGGAAAGACCUGACCAAAGACUCUCUACCAA